AUGACUCGCAACUACGCUGUUGCUGCUCCUCCAAACCGACCUCCUCGCGACCCUCAACCACGAGACGACGGCAUGCACCGCAACAUCAACAACAUGAACAUGAACAUGGUCUUUGCAAGAAUGAACCUCAACGACCCUCACCAACUCCAACCGGCUCCUAUGGGUGGCCGUAUCAUGGCAUUGGAUCCAAACCCCAGAGAUCCUGGCAACGGGCGGAUCGCUGACCCCAAUCCUCGCGACCCAGGCAACGGGCGUCAAUUCAUGAGGGGACCUCAACCUCGCGAUCCAGGAACCGGUCGACAAUUCGCAAUGGGUCCUCAACCGCGCGAUGACGGCAAGAGUCGAACUCGACGCUUUGCCCGUGAUCCUCAACCUCGCGACCCGGGAAACUAA